AUGGCACAUGUUGGAGUCCUAUCACCAGCCUCCCUCCUUGGUAUGUUGUCGCCUAAAGGCAUUUACAUUCUAGGUUAUGGCUGGCUUUAUGGGAUGUCUGUGUGGGUAUCAUUUUUUGGAGACUGCUUCAUUGAAACAGCUAGACACCAGUUUGGUGCUCUUCAGCACAAGACUUUCCCUGUCUACUUUUCUUCCUCGAUUGGACUCUCCUCGGCUUUGUUGGGGCUUUGGGCAUAUGCUCAUCCCGGACUCCUUGCCAACAUCACCAGCCCUCUUCGGGCUGAUGUUGCACAAGGCAUAUCGCUACAGAGCUGCAACCAGUUAGUCGUUGGGCCAAUGACUAGCAGGCAGCGACACAAGUUGGAGAAAGAAGAAGGAAAAAGCUACAAUGAACCUGGGGUUUCCGCCCAAAUGAAGGCAUUGAAUACGAAGUUUGGAAUGCUACAUGGCAUCAGCUCGCUGGCCAACUUGGGUGCAGUCAUUGCUCUGACCUUUCACGGCUUGUGGAUCGGGAGCUAUGGGUUGUGA